AAGGCUCGCGCUCUGAAUUCCUGAAUUCAUAGGAGAGGCCGGAAAUGACUCGUUAGGGAACAGCGAACAGGGAGCUGCAGUUUCCGUUGUAUUGCGCUGCAGGUUUUUUAGGGUGGUGGCUGGUUGCGACUCAACUUCUAGUCAAGAGUGGAGGGAGGCCAGGUUGUUGAUAUCAAUCCAGGACAGGGAACAUUAAUGUUGUUUUAAUAAACACUGUAUAUUCAUAAAAUACAAAUAUCUACAUAAACACAGAGAGCAGAAAAGCUCAAAAUCGCGAGGAGCAAUGCAGGCCAUUAAGUGUGUGGUUGUUGGGGACGGGGCUGUAGGGAAAACAUGCCUGCUUAUCAGUUACACCACCAAUGCGUUUCCUGGAGAGUAUAUCCCCACUGUCUUCGACAACUAUUCUGCAAAUGUAAUGGUUGAUGGCAAACCGGUUAACCUGGGACUCUGGGAUACAGCUGGACAGGAAGACUAUGACAGAUUACGUCCCCUAUCGUACCCCCAAACGGAUUGGGUUUUAACAGUGAUGACAGAUGUCUUCUUAAUCUGCUUUUCACUUGUGAGUCCUGCAUCCUUUGAAAAUGUCCGCGCUAAGUGGUAUCCUGAGGUGAGACACCAUUGCCCAAACACUCCUAUCAUUCUUGUGGGCACCAAGCUGGAUCUGAGAGAUGACAAGGACACGAUUGAGAAACUAAAGGAGAAGAAACUCACUCCCAUCACCUACCCACAGGGACUGGCCAUGGCUAAAGAGAUUGGUGCAGUGAAAUAUCUGGAAUGCUCAGCACUUACACAGCGAGGCCUGAAGACGGUGUUUGAUGAAGCUAUCCGAGCAGUGCUGUGCCCACCCCCCGUCAAGAAGAGGAAGAAAAAGUGCAUGAUUUUGUAAACUGCCUUCCAGUCUUUGCUUUCCUCAAAAUAUUCGAAAAUGCCAUUUUUCUUCGAUUGUAAUUAGUGUUUCCUAUCCUCCAUUAAUCUUGCCUUUUAAAUAAAAUCCCAGUUAGCUUUCAUCAUUUCAUUUUGAAAACAAAUAUAUUGAAGUAUGCUGCCUUUUAAACAUUUUAUAACUUGCUGAAAUUGCAAAAAAAAAAAGUCCCAUCAAACAAUUUUCCUUUACUUUGUAGAGUUCCCAUUGUUUGUUUACAGUCUUCAAAGUGUUGCCAAACGUAUCUGCUGUAACAAAACAUUGGAAGUCCAACUGCAAACGCAAACUCAUUUGUUUUAAAAUUAUUAUGGUUUGUCUGUUUAAGGAAACUAAAUCUGGCUUGGUUAAAGGUAUUUUUUUUUUUUCUAUAGUAAUGGUUACAUAGUUUAAAAAAAAAUACUAAAACGUUUAGUUUUUAAACAAUUGCUUAAAUAUUAGCUGAGGCGUGGCAUUGUAGUGCAACUAUUGAACACUAACCUGUGUUUACUGUAGAACUAUGUACAUCGUCAGAUGAAUGCUUAUAAAAAUUACUGUAUUCGAUGGUUUGAGAUUCACAAUUAAAUGCGUUACUGUUGUAAGAGAUGGGUUGUAAAUUAAUCCCAGCUCUUGCUGCUGCAAUUUAAAAUCCAAAAAGAAACCGCUCUAACUUGUUUUGCUAUGGUAUUAUUCAGUCCCUCUCACCCCACUCAUACACUGAGGAAGUAGGAAACCUAAAGAUCCCUUUUUGUGUGAAACUGCAGUAUUGCUAAUUCGUUUUGGCACAGAGACUUGAUUAUUUGCGCUACUAAAAGUGACAAAAUAACUGACCUGUGACUUCUAGGUUGUAGUGGUGCAACAGCUGGCCAGGUUUUAUGGCUUGGACCUUACAUUCAGGAUUUCUAUACCAUUUUUGGUAUUGGGGCAUUUAUAUGGUAAUCAGUCAUUCCCAUAACUAUCUUGAUUAUCUUCCUUUCUUUAAAUAGCACAUUUAAAUCCAAGUAAAAGCUUAUGUGAGACUUUAAAGCAUCAGUUUGGGUAAUAAAGAUGUUCAACUAAAACCCAAUUUGGCUAUUUCAUAGGCUUGUUUGUAACUACUUGCUGAUGGUGUUUGGUGUUACAAUCCUGUGAAUUUCCUUUUUUGUAAGGUUUUUAUUUAAGCUACUUUUUUUAUUAAAGUUUCACAUCACUGUAUUUUAAACUAACACUGUAAGUCUCAUAUGGUGCAGUACCUCACUUAAUGGAGAUAUAACUCUUGAUCUGAUUAUGUUGCUUCCUACAUUUUAAGCUUUUAAUAUUGCUGCAGAUAUUAUACAAUAUACUAUAUUUAGUGAGUGGUAGAAGGAGUUUUAGAAUUUCAAUGUGAUUUUUAUAGUGAAAUUGCAUUUUAUGUUCAACCUUUUGAACCACUGGAACUGAACAAAACAUUUAUUAGGAUAUGCAGGUAGGUGUCUUGACAUUCCUGCGGAUGUAUUUAGCAGAAUAUUCUACAUGCAUGAGUGAGCUCAAUUAAUCAUUUUACCAGUAUCAGCUUUGGUAAUUUAUAUUUCUGAAAGCAAGGUGCUGUAUUUUUCACACCUUGGAAAAUGGUAAUACUUUUCUGGAUUUCAACAAAGCCAAUAAACUUUCAUUAAAAAUAAAA